AUGACAAAUGCACUUCAAGCCAAGAGUAAGUUUGGAUUUGUGGAUGGAUCCGUCAAGCGUCCAGCACCUAGUUCGAUGGAAGAAUCGGCUUGGAUCAAACGCAACUCCAUGGUAAUUUCGUGGAUUUUUAACACUCUUCACCCUACACUUCACGAUAGUGUAGCCUAUUUCGUAACGGCACACGAGAUGUGGAAUGACCUGGAAGAACGUUUCUCGCAAGGCAAUGCCCCUCGUAUUCAUCAAUUGAAGACCGAAAUGGUGAAUACCUUACAGCAGGGACUGACCAUUUCAGCAUAUUACACCAAAUUGAAAGGGAUUUGGGAUGAGCUUAGCACAUAUUCUCAAAUUCCAGCUUGUACCUGUGGCUCUGCAAAAGCAUUUGCUGUGGAACGAGAAAAAGAGAAGGUACAUUAG